AUGGAAGACGACGACCCAGUCAUCGCCGAAUACAACGUCUUCAUCACACCACGCCAACUCGAGCAAAUCUAUCUCUUGCAAUACCCCAACCGCAACCGCAGUCAAGCCUACAAUGACCGCAAUGGCGCACGCCCCACAGACUUUCGCCUCAAACCCCAAGCCGGGUUUAUGGAAAUGGACAUCGGCAUGAACCCCAGCGCAAACUUCAACAAAUUCCAAAGUCUGGUUUGGGGCGAGGCGAUUAGAAAGUCCAAGGUUAAUGGUGGGAGUGCGACGUUUGGUGCUGCUGCGGGAUUUGCACCGACGAAAGGUGGGAAGGGGAGGGGUAAGCAGGAGAAUGGGGAGAUGAGUGUUGAUCAGGGAUUGGCGAGGUUCCAGGAUGCUGUCAACAGGGAUGCGGUCUUCCAGAAGCAGACGCUGGGAGGGCAGAUCUUGCAGGAUGAGGCUGGUAAUCCUAACUACAUGUUGGGUGCCUUCCGUGGUGGUAAGUUUUCUCUUUUGCGUCUCUCCUCUUUUCCUCUCUUCGUUUCCUCGAACAUCUGUCCUGCGGCUCUUUCCCAUCUGCCACAUCUCUACUCUCCGACCUCACUUUCGAAAAAUCGAGCCUCACAAAAAUCAAAUGCACUCAUCCCAAUCCACUUGUAUCUAACCCAACCUCANGACGAACUCCACCUCACCCGCGUCGACGGCGUCGUCCAAAUGCGCCCCCAAUUCCACCACGUCGACGCAUUAACCCACGCUGAAACCGCCGCCCGCCGCACCGAAGCAGCCGAAGGCAACGCAGCCUCAGGUCCCUCCGGUGCAGCCGCAGCAGCAAAACAACCCCAAGCUCUCGCACUCGCCCAGACCUACAAAGACAACCGCGACGUCGAAAACCUAGAAGCCCUGCGCGCAAAAAAUCUUCUGCUCAUUGCAGCAGAGGAAAAGUGGACGAGAUUGGAGUAUUUUGAUGAGGAUGAGGAAGCGAGUUAUUCGACUUAUCAUUCGCGACUUUUCCAUUCUGAUACGCAGACUGCAACGGAGUUGAAGAGUCAGAUGAAGAAUGAAGAAUAUCUAGACGCUAUCUCGGCGCCACGAGUAGAUCCAUCAGGAAGAAAGAAGAAGAGGCCGCUGACCAAGAAGCAGAUGGAGAGAAUCGAGGCUGCAGAGGAUGACGUGGAAGUUGCUGGUGAAAUGGGUGGAGAGAUUGAGGUUGAGAUGAGCUAG